UUUGUUUCCCCUUUUCAAAUAAUACUGGUCUGUGUAUCAUGGAGUGCACUGCCUGUGCAUGCAUGAAAAGUGAUACAAUUGAACUGGCUGAGUGUCGGUACUACACUUGGAUGGGCAAGUUAUAUUGUUAUAUAUAUAUAUAUAUAUAUUGGAGAAGCAUCUAUCGAAAGAGCUAACAAGUGGGCAGUGCAUGGAGCCAGCCAGACGUUAUCACAGCAGAUCGGAACCGACCGACAAUAUGUAUAACAGACUGACUCUUUCGGUGUACGGAUCUAGCUGAGACCACUAUCACAACAUUUAUUAUAAAGUUUGUAAAGUUCAGUCAUACACUUGAGAGACUAUAAUACUGUGGGGAAACUGUUCUCACCCUAUUUAAGAAGACUGAAUUAAUUAAAAUCCUCACUAGUUUUUAGCUUGUGCCAUGGCAUCGGAACGGGACAUUUCUAAGCGCGUUGAGAGUUGUUCUUCUUUCGAAUUUCAGUUGAGAGACAUCAAUACAGCGUAUGGGAGGAACAAAUUCGAUGAAAAUCACAACAAAGAGGGUAUAAUAAAUCUUGCGACUGCAUACAACGACGCAGUCCGAGAUCUCAUCACUGAAAAGUUGAACCAGCCAGACUUCAUGACGUGGAACUCAACGAUGCUACCAUACGGGGAUCGUAAUGGUAGUCUCCGCCUCCGGAAAGCCUUAUCUGGGUUCUUAUCCAGCUGCAGUGGUCAGAAAGCUCCAGAAACUCUCGAUCCGGAUAAGUUCAUAGUUCUGAAUGGAGUGACGUCUGCACUGAGUGCGAUGGCUUACGUAUUAUGUGACAAAGGAGACACCAUUUUGACUCCUGCUCCUAUGUAUGGAGCUAUACCACGUGACCUUCUGUUCCAGUAUGGAGCGAAGACCUAUCCAGUGCAUCUUAGCAGCAAGGCAGAACCAGAUGGAAGAGAACCGUUUGAACUGACUGUUCCUCUUCUUGAGUCAGCUUUGGAAAAAGCAAAACAGGAGGGACAUAACGUCAGGGCUCUUUUUCUGGUCAAUCCUGCCAAUCCGAAUGGAACCGUGUACACCAAACGACAAGUUUUGGAAUACCUCACAUUUUGUAAAAGGCAUGGUCUACAUUGCGUGAUUGAUGAGAUCUAUGCUGCUAGUAUCUUUGAAGAGUCUGUAGAGAGUUCAAGUAUAUUCACCUGGCAUUCAGAUGAGCUACCGGACAAGACAAAGACACAUGUCAUAUGGGGAAUGGCAAAGGAUUUUGGAAUGCCAGGUUGUCCACUCGGAGUCGUUUAUACGUUAAAUCCUCGAGUUUUAGCUGGCCUAGGACUUGUAAUUGAAUUCUCCCAGGUUCCAAUUUUCAUCCAAAUAGCUGUGGCAAAAUUACUUGAGGACAAAGAAUGGUUGAAGAUGUACCUUCCAACUCACAAUAAGAUGUUGAUGGAAUCGGCAACUAUCGUAAUGGAAACUCUGAAAGAGCUUGAUGUGCCAUUUGUGAAACCCAGUGCAGGGUUAUUCAUUUGGGCCGACUUUAGAAAGAUCAUCAGGAGUGCAAGCAAAGAAUCCGAAAAGCAGUUUGCCAUUCACUGUCUUAAUCACGGUCUCGCCAUCGCACCAGGGGCGGCCUUCUAUUACAACGAAUUCGGUUGGAUUAGACUCGUCCAUGCCCUACCGAAAUACAAACUCAUCGAAGGAAUGAAGAGACUUAAAGCGGCUUGUGCAUCAUUCCACACAACAUCAAAACUGUAAACUGAGGCAUCCGGGAAUAAUCUUCAGACAGAGCAGUGGCGUAGCGUGGAUCCAGGGGGGCACUUGUGUCGUGAGGGGAGACAAGUUUUUUUUUAGUGCAAUCUGUAGUUUGACCUGCCCUUCGACGAAACACUCAACAUUUCCCUCUACGCGUACAGUGUCCGCUCCCUCCCAUCCUUCUGAUUAGGAGUUAGCGACAUUCAUUCCGAUAGUGGAAUUUCGAACCCCGAAAUAGUAACAUUAAACAUUGUUACGUUCUGAACUUCGCUUCUGAUUUAUUCUAAACUCAUCAACAACAUUUUAUAAAUUUUAUCUAGAUUAUGGAUAUUUUUAUGUCGGGUUAAGGUUAUGAUAUUAAAUUAUUAUUUUGGUGUUUUUAACGGUCACUUUUUUCUAUGCAGCUGAACAUUACAAUUUAUUGUUUUCUCUUUGUUGUCGACAAGUUUGGGACUCUGUCCCGAAAUAGUAACCCCAUUUAGUAACUUAGGCCAUCUUAUACAUCGGCAUUAAUGUGGUUAGCCUGACUGUAGCCGGCGGGGCUAGUCCACCCCCCCCCAAAAAAAAGCCUUCGAAACAGACCCCACAGUCGGUUCGAUGGACCUUACCCCGUCUUUCCCAUGCACAAAACAAUUUCUCAAUAGGAAACAGAAUAACCCUUACGGACUCGAUUUUGUCAGAAAGAAGAGGUGUGGGUGCACUAACUUUCGAUUAUUUUUUAGGAGACUGGCGGCCAUUUUGGACGCUAUCUUGGAUGUUUCAGGUUUCCUGGGGGCCAUAACCCAUUGUAUGUAUGUGGUAUGAUUAAAUUCUUCGACUAACAAAACCUAUUUGGUAUAGACAGCAGAAUUACACCCGAUAUAACACGACUUUGGGCUAUUAUAAGGCAUGUUGGCGCCCAUAAUGGAAGCCACUUUGAAAAUAACGUGUUUCCGAUGUUCUCAUUUGUUGGUAUGUUGUUCCUGAUAUGUCAGACAUUACCG